AGGUCGGCAAUUUUUAUUUCUAUGGUCCCUUUCUUGUUGCACAAAUUAAGGCCUGUAAAUCUUUUAUCUAAUGUUGGGCAUCACCACUACAUAAAUAGAAGCCUCUCAUAUCUGAACUCCCAAUCCAACAAAAAACAUGCAAGGCUUGGGACUCUUAAGGAUAUUUGUCUUUGCAAUUUUAGCAUAUAUAGGCUCAACUGAAGCUCAGCUUCAGUUGGGUUUUUAUGCUCAAAGCUGCCCAAGAGCUGAGCAGAUUGUGCAAGAUUUUGUUAACCAGCAUAUUCAUAAUGCUCCAUCACUGGCAGCAACCCUUAUCAGAAUGCACUUCCAUGAUUGUUUUGUCAGAGGUUGUGAUGCAUCUGUGCUUAUAAACUCAACAUCAACCAAUCAAACUGAAAAAUCUGCAACUCCAAAUCUAACAGUGAGAGGCUUUGAUUUCAUCGAUAGAGUUAAGAGCUUGCUGGAAGCAGAGUGUCCUGGUGUGGUUUCUUGUGCAGAUAUUAUUGCUCUGGUCGCAAGGGACUCCAUCGUAGCUACUGGUGGUCCUUCCUGGAAAGUUCCAACAGGAAGAAGAGAUGGAACAAUCUCAAAUGCCUCAGAGGCCUUGGCGAACAUCCCAGCUCCUACAAGCAACUUUACCAAUCUCCAAAGACUAUUUACUAACGUGGGACUCGACCUAAAAGACUUGGUGUUGCUUUCAGGUGCACACACAAUUGGGAUAGCUCAUUGUCCGUCAUUCUCAAAUCGCCUGUACAAUUUCACAGGAGUAGGGGAUCAGGACCCUGCUCUGGAUAGCGAAUAUGCUGCAAAUCUCAAGGCAAGGAAGUGCACAACACCUAAUGAUAAUACCACCAUUGUUGAGAUGGAUCCUGGAAGUAGGAAAACAUUUGAUCUUAGCUAUUAUUCUAAUUUGCUCAAGAGAAGGGGACUCUUCCAAUCAGAUUCUGCCUUGACCACAAACUCUGCUACAUUGGCUACGAUCAACCAGCUUCUCAGUGGUUCACUGCAGAAUUUCUAUUCUGAAUUUGCUACUUCCAUGGAGAAAAUGGGCAGAAUCAAUGUCAAAACUGGCUCCACUGGUGAGAUUAGGAAGCAGUGUGCAGUGGUGAAUAGCUGAAGGAUUUUUUUUUCUUGUUUACUGUUCUUGGUUUAAUUAAGUGUGUUGGGUUUGAAUAAUUUUCUGUCCUUUCUUUUAGUAAUUUGAUUGUGCACAACCAGCUGUAAUAAAAUCAUUUAUUGUAUCAAUAAAUUUCAAUUCAAUGUUGGAAA